ACUAAAGACACCCCCCCCCCCCCCCCAGCUGUUUUGUAAUUAGGGUUUUGUUUCAACCUGUUACUGUUGUUUGUUUGGUGAAGAACACCAUGGAAACUCAACAACAACAAGCAGAUAUUCAAGAUUUUGGGAACAAAAACAGUAACACCUAUGCAUGCAGGCAAAGCAGUACUAGGUGGACACCCACAAGUGAUCAGAUCAGAAUACUGAAAGAGCUCUACUACAACAAUGGAAUCAGAUCACCAACUGCUGAUCAGAUUCAGAGAAUCGCUGCUCAACUCAGACAGUACGGCAAGAUUGAAGGCAAGAACGUGUUUUAUUGGUUUCAGAACCAUAAAGCUCGUGAACGCCAGAAGAAACGGUUCACUCCUACUGCUCCUCCACCACCGUCUCACUUCUCCGAUCAUAUUAACCACCAUCUUCCCAACGCUGCCCCCAUGCAGAUUCCAUCUCACCACCACCACUACCACCAUCAAGAACCACCACAUGUCUAUGCUCACCCUCACAAACUCUACACCACUCAUCACAUUGGGGUUGGUUCUUCUUCACAAGGAGUGAUGGGUGUAGGGUGUGGCUAUGGAUCUGUUGCUAUGGAGAAGAGUUUCAGGAAGUGUUCAAUAUCACCACCGGGAGAGAGUAAGGCCACAGGAGGAAUUGGCCGGAAUAUCGGUUCAAGAUCACGGAUAAGUGUCGAUUCGUGUUCCUUCUUCGACACAAUUAAGCCAAAGACAUAUGAGAUGUUUGAGAAUCGUGAUCAAGAUGAAGAACAAGGAGAGCCUUCAACUGAGAUCGAAACACUUCCAUUAUUCCCGAUUCACGACGGCAACCAUCAUGAUUUCUUCGGCAUGAGGACGGCAAAUCUGCCAUUGGAGCAAGGCACUGGAGGUUACUACACUGGAGGAAGCUGGUACCGGUCUGAUGAGAGGGCUUCUCUUGAGCUCAGUCUCAACUCAUAUGGUUAUUAUAACUAAUGAUCAUUUUAUGUAUUUAUAUUAAUAAUUAUGUAAUUAAUUAAGUACUUGGUAGUUAUGAUGAUCUAACUAUGGGUGAUGUCUGAUUAGCUCUGCUAUGCUAAUCUUAUUAUAUGAAUAUGGGCUAUUUAAUCACGU